AUGGAUUCUCUCAAACCCAGAUCUCAAAGUUUUGCAAAACUUGCCCAGAAAUGGAAUUCGAUUGAGCUGUACUUGGGGUUUCAUCUUUUUGGAAGAAUCAAAGAGGUUCUCAGUGUUAGAUUCACAAACUUUGGUUUGCACAAUAACGAAACGGAGGGAUUAAAAGCAAUUGGGCAAGAUGAUGGCUGUGAUGUAGAGGGGGUGGGGUAG